AUCACCCUCAGAUGAUUCGUUGAGAGCCCCGAAACCAAAGUAUUGUAAUGAAACUGGCAAGGAACAGGUCUCGAACCCUCAACCUUCUAGCCCAAAGUCCAGCACACUAUCGACUGGGCCGCAAAAGCAUGCUCGUGCGGCAGAGUAGAUUUCCACGCAUAUAAACCCUGGGUCACUUGAUCACUUGAUCAGGAAGGUGGUCCUUCAUGCAAAACUUUGUCAUCAGACUUUGUCAUCAAAGUCUGGCAUUCUCUGGAUUUAUGUUGCUUUCAAGACAAAUGGGAACUCAGAAAAAACAAGGUUGAAUCAUGAUGUCAGUGAUCUUCAGGUCGCAGGUCUAGAAAGAGGCCCGGGUUCCCGACUUGGAAUUCUGAGUUGGAUGUCCGUUCAAAACCUAUUUCCCACUUCCUGAGUUUCCAGUUGUUUUGAAGGCAGCAGAAGUCAUGUUGGGUUGACAGCAUGGCUAAAUAUUGAAUGUUUAUAAUUUUAAUCUUGAAAAAUAGACCUUUAACCCCAGACUUUGACCACACACCACUCCAAUGAAUAGCAGGCUAGUGAAAGCUUUACAAUUCUUGCAGUUAGCUACUGAUUCCUUCCAAACUGCUCAAUGUUGAAUUUGCGAUUUCAACUUGUGUUAUGUUUAUGUCCAAUGCACCAAUAUGUUUUAUCUCUAAUUUCUCUUCAGAAUUUCUCUUCAUAUAACAACGUUUGAAAAGGAUUUGUAAGUAGAUUUUCGACUUGAUUCGUGAUGACUGGACUGCUAGCUUGCUAGCUAAGAUUUUGAAAGUAUGAUGUUGACAUGAUCAGUCCAUUCAAAGCUGUGGUAGAUAUAACGUGAUUUGACGUAAUUUUAUCUGUGACCAAUGACCUUGAGCCUUUUUGGAUGGGCACUUCUAAUGUAACUCCAUGGCAGCACCCAAGGGGCUUGAAUUUUCGAGCUCUCCCUGUAGAUUUUACGAUGACAUAGUGUCCCCAUGAAUGAGAGAACACUGAGCCAAACAUGGCGCAACUAGAGAACAUUACCAACCCGAUGUUCCGUAUUUUCCGCUGGUUGCCUCACCCCCACAGACAGCACUGACCUAGGCUGAAACACCUGCAUUUUCGAGAUGCCUUGCUCCAGAAAAUAAAGAGACCAUGUUUGUAUGUGGCUUUAUUAACUAAAUUAUAAUUUUUUUUGACAUUGUUUGCAAACUGAUAUGUGACACGUAUUAUUGUCAAAAUAGAAUGCAAAACAGGUAGCCCCAACUGCCCUUAAUGACGGGUCGUCACUGUACUCACAUCAUAUCACCUCACUUCAACCAUACGGAAUAAUUGUGUUAAUUGCCCAUGCCGGUUUGGUAAAUUCAAAACUUCAAGCAGAGUAAUAUCCUCCCACAGAGGAUAUCCGCCCACAGAGCUGAGGCGCAGCAGCAGUGUGUGUCAGUGUGAGUGUGUGUGUGAGAUAGAAAAAAAGAGCGAGAGAGAGAGAGAGGAGAAAUGAGAGACAGAGAGCGAGAUUACUUAAUUGCUGCUUUGGUAAUGGGAGAGCACGGAGCGGGGUUUUGCGCAAUGGCUUUCAUCCUUUUUAAAAUUAGUAUACUUUAUAGGCUACCUGCACUUUAAACUGUUCAUGCACAUGAAACACAAGUCUGUUGAUUGCAUUUCGACAUUUUCGACGCCAAAAAUAGCCUACGACAGCAGGAAAGAUGUGGACUAUACCCAAACCCCGAUAUAGGAACUGCAACAGCUUGGACACGAGGGAUGAAGCCGAGAUAGCCGUGAACAUUGGCGGGGUGAAGCUCGUUUUAUACGGGGAUGUGCUUAACCGCUACCCGGAGAGUCGACUUGCAGAACUUAUCAACUGCUCAACUCUGAAUUAUGACAUUAUCUACUCACUUUGUGAUGACUACGACCCCGGUAAAAGGGAGUUUUAUUUUGACCGGGAUCCUGACGCUUUCAGAUGUAUCAUUGACGUGUAUUACUUCGGUGAGAUUCACAUCAAACGAGGAAUCUGUCCCAUUUGUUUUAUUAAAGAGAUGGAAUUCUGGAAAAUUGACCAAAGCUAUUUGGACGAGUGCUGUAAAAGUGACUUGACUGAAAAGGAGGAAGAGCUGGCUGAGAUUGCCAACAAAGUGAAGCUUAUCUUGGAUGAUCUAGAUGUAGUCCCUUCUGUCAACCGCUCAGUGCGGUACCAAAAGUUCCUUUGGAAACUCAUGGAGAAACCGGAGUCCUCAUUGCCUGCGCGCAUUAUCGCCAUUGCAUCUUUCCUCUUCGUCCUUGUGUCAUCCUUGGUGAUGUGCGUGGGUACCAUUCCAGAAGUCCAAAUGGAGGACGACGAGGGAGACCUUGUGGAACACCCAACGCUGGAGGCCAUCGAGACAGCCUGCAUAGGCUGGUUCACCGUAGAAUAUCUGCUGCGUUUUAUGUCCUCCCCAAACAAACUGCACUUUUUCCUAUCCUUUAUGAACAUAAUAGACUUCAUGGCUAUCAUGCCCUUUUACGUGGUGCUGAGCCUAACUUACCUGGGUACGGCCAUGAUGGAUCUGGCCAAGGUCCAGCAAGCGGUCCAGGCGCUUCGUAUCAUGCGUAUUGCCCGGAUCUUCAAACUGGCGCGUCACUCCUCCGGGCUACAGACUCUCACCUAUGCGCUGAAGAGGAGUUUCAAAGAGCUGGGGUUGCUCCUUAUGUACAUGGGCAUAGGGAUAUUCGUGUUCUCAGCACUGGGCUACACCCUGGAGCAAAGCCACCCGGAGACCCUCUUCAGUAGCAUCCCACAGUCCUUCUGGUGGGCUAUUAUCACCAUGACGACCGUAGGCUAUGGAGACAUUUACCCCAAAACCACGCUCGGAAAGUGCAACGCAGCCAUCAGCUUCCUGUGUGGGGUGAUAGCCAUCGCGUUGCCCAUUCACCCCAUUAUCAACAACUUCGUUAUUUUUUACAAUAAGCAGAGAUUGCUCGAGACUGCGGCCAAGCACGAGCUGGAGCUCAUGGAGUUGCAGUCUAGCGAGGACUCAAUGGUGAAGGCCACGCGCAAGUCGGGCGCAUUGGGCGCAUUGGAGAGCUCUAUGCGCACCUCGCGUAGUGAUAAUUCUAUACCACUUAUUGAGGAAUCAACCAGGACUUUGAAGUCGAAAAAGUAUUGCUCCGAAACAGAAUCGUUUUAACUUGACAUAGACAUAGGCCUAUUGUGUAGUGACGUGUUUCAAUUCGAUGAGGUAUUUCCUCCUGUUGCUUCUACACAGUAAAUCAAGGAUAGUUGAAAUCACAGUGUUAAAAACAUUUGGGUUAAAUUGACUCUACUGGGAGUUUUAACCCUCAAGAGAGUGAUAUGCUCUGUGGAGUUAGUGUUUAUAACUGGAGUUGAUUGGGAUAGAGUACUUUUAACUCCCUUAGGAGCAACCAGACACAAGGAAUUAAAUAUAUGGAGUUGUCUACGAUGUGGGAGGAGCAUCAUUGGCAUAUUUCCCAGCUUGCUCUGUUGUAGCUUGAUUUAUUAAAUAGUUUGUUUCAAUAUCUGUGUUUUUGCAUGCACAUUGGUUGUUUUUUUAUCUUAUGCUACACAAAUAUAAGAAACUUAGAUUUUUCUAAACUAAUCCAAUCGGUAAAUGGUUGGAUUUCUAGCAACCAGUAGUGAGAUAGUUGUUCCAGUUUAUAUGGUGUAGUUGGUAGUCUCCAUUGUACUGUAUUUUCUUCCCUAUUAUGACAGGUGUUGUAUAAGCAAAUUAUGGCCUUUUAUUGUCCCCAGCUCAAGGUGCACCUGUGUAAUGAUCAUGCUGUUUAAUCAGCUUCUUGAUAUGUCACACUUGUCGGGUGGAUGGAUUAUCUUGGCAAAGGAGAAAUGCUCACAGACAGGGAUGUAAACAAAUUUGUGCACAAAAUCGGGGAGAAGAAAGCUUUUUGUGCGUAAGGAACAUUUCUGGGAUCUUUUAUUUCAUGAGACAUGGGACCAACACUUUACAUGUUGCAUUUAUGUUUUUGUUCAGUAUGUUUACCAAGGACACAACGACCUUUCAACGACAUCUAAGCGCCACUGAAUUGAUAUGUGAAUAAAACUAUACAUUUGGUUUUAUAGGCCAAUAAUAACAAUCAUUAUAGUCUCACAUACCCAACUUCUAAUCACAAAAUCAUGACAUUGAUGUUUAUAUAACUGUUCUCUCUGAUUUUUUGUCAUGCAAGCUCCAUAUAUUGCCGCCUCCUCCUCAGUGCAUCUGUUGGUGUCUGUCUGACACUAACUGAAGCUCACUAAUAACUGCCUCUACACAUUCCCUUUCACAAAACACUUUCCCCUUCAAAAAGUAUUCACACCCCUUGACUUUUUCAACAUUUUGUUGUUUCAGCCUAAAAUUGUUUUUAUUACAUUGAGAUGUUGUGUCACUGGCCUAAACACAAUACCUCAUAAUGUCAAAGAGGAAUUAUGUUUUCGAUAAUAAGUAUUCAACCCCUUUAUGGCAAGCCUAAAUAAUUCCAGGGGUUUGCUUUUAACAAGCCACAUAAUAAGUUGCAUGGACUCACUCUUUGUGCAAUAAUAAUGCCUAAUAUGAUUUUUGAGUGACGACCUCAUUUCUGUUCCCCACAAAUAAAAUGAUCUGUAAGGUCCCUCAGUUGAGCAGUGAAUUUCAAACACAGAUUCAACUACAAAGACCUGGAAGAUUGUCCAAUGCUUUGCAAAAAAGGGCACCUAUUGGUAGAUGGGUAAAAUAAAUAAAGCAGACAUUGAUGAUCCCUUAGAGCAUGGUAUUAAUUCAAAUCAAAUCAAGUUUUCUUUGUCAUGUGCGCAGAAUACAACAAGUGUAGACCAUGGAAUUACUUAAUUUCGAGCCCUUUCUUAGCAAUGCAGUUAAAAAAGUCAGAAAAUUAACAAAUAGAUAAAAAGAAAAUAGUAACACAAUAAAAUAACGCAAUAAAAUAACAAUAAAGAGGCUAUAUACAGGUUAUAUAGAGGGAGUACCGGUACUAAGUCAGAAAACAGGGGUACGAGGUAAUUGGCGUGUUUGAUUGAGGUAAUGUACAUGUAAGUUUGGUUAGAUGAUGUACAUGUACAGUAGGUAGGGGGUGAAAAGCAGAACGUCUGGGAAGUCGUUUAACUUACUGUUCAGCAGUCUUAUUUAUGGCUUUGGGGUAGAAGCUGUUCAGGAGCCUUUUGGUCCCAGACUCCGGAACUGCUUACCAUGCGGUAGUAGAGAGAACAGACUGUGACUUGAACAUUUCUGUCUAGCAAUGAUCAACAACCAACUUGACAGAGCUUGAAGAAUUAAAAAAAAUAAUCAUGUGCAAAUAUUGUACAAUCCAGGUGUGAAAACUCUUAGAGGCUUACCCAGAAAGACCCACAUCUGUAAUCACUGCCAAAGGUGAUUCUAAGGAUUGGGUUACACAAAGCAACUUUCACACAAUUUUAGUUGCAGUUGCAAGUUGCAAGCAACUUUGCUGUUACAUGAAGCAACUCAAAUGCGAUUAAAAUGGCAUGCAACAGCCAAUCAAAUUGAAGCUGCUUGUUUAAGAAUUAUAAACUCACUCCAUGUCAUCUGCUGCAUUACAUUGUGUUUUCACAAAUCAUUUGUUUAUCCAACUGUUGUUUAUUGUAACAGCAAGGAUAUGGAAGAAAUGCAGCCUGUACAGUUUAGUUAGCUUGCCAAAAUGAAAUUUCAAACACCAACACAGUUAACCAAUCUAGCAACGAACUAAGCUUACCAGCAGAGUUCAGGGCGGAUAAUUUCAGUUAAAACUGGUCAGGGAGAGAUUUGGGUUCUCCUCAAAAUUAAAUUUAUUGACAGCUA